AUCUAACGAUUGGGGUUUGCAAUUUGCAUUGUGGUAGACAGAGGGCUGUGUCGAUGUUUUGUGAUCUUUGGCCCCUUAUUAAAUUCCUGAAGUGUCAGCCUAACCACGCACUCGGCACGAUGAAAUCGGGCGAGCGCUUUCGGAGGACAGCGUACAGAAAAACAGGGUACCGUGUUUAGGAUUACCACAGCAGCCGAGAGAUCAAAGCGAGCGAGGUCUGCCAGCCCAACUCGGGCGGACGUUGCGUGUGAAUGCGGUGACUGUCAACAGCGUCAUCCCACCCUGCUUUUAUAUAAUGGAAGAUUACGUACAGAUAUGAUGUGCUAAUACAGAACGGCGCGUAAGACGCAAGGUUCCCCCGGAAUAAAGAUAAACGUCUGCUAGGAAGUUGGAGACAGAAAUAAUUCCGUGUUGAUGACCACAAAGGCGAGGCUCGAGUUUACUUCACGACGAGCUCAUCCCGAGACGGACAUUUCUCGCCUGUGUUCCUGUGAAACUGAAGCAAUGGCGAGGCACACGGCAGUCCGGGCUCGAGUCAUUUGUCUUGCUUUCAUCAGUUAGCCUUCCGUGGGUGGCCACCUAACCCACAUCUAGUAGGACUAGCAGACUCCUGCAGUCUGUCAGCUGCAACGCGAGCUCCGCGCAGGUGGUGUCGGUACGAGGUGAAGCUGGCGGCCCUUCGGUUAGAGUCGGAGGAGAAGGAUCUGGGCGCCAUGGCGUGGGUGCUGAAGAUGGACGAUGCUACCAUCGAGUCUGGUCUUGUGCACGACUUUGAUGCCAGUUUAUCUGGCAUCGGCCAGGAGCUCGGGGCUGGCGCGUACAGCAUGAGUGAUGUGUUGGCCCUGCCCAUCUUUAAGCAGGAAGAUGUUAGUGUUCCUGUGGAGUCCGACACCAAGAAUCCUCCGUUUCAGUAUGUGCUGUGUGCCGCCACGUCCCCCGCUGUUAAACUGCAUGAGGAGACGCUUACCUACCUAAACCAAGGCCAGUCUUAUGAGAUCCGGUUGCUUGAUAACAGGAAAAAAGGGGAGAUGCCAGAACUUAAUAACAAGACUGUGAAGAGUAUAGUUAGGGUGGUUUUCCAUGACCGAAGGCUUCAGUACAUGGAGCACCAGCAGCUGGAGGGCUGGAGAUGGAAUCGGCCCGGCGACCGCCUCCUUGACAUCGAUAUCCCUAUGUCGGUUGGCAUCACUGAGCCCUUCACACACGCCUCCCAGCUAAAUGCUGCAGAGUUCCUGUGGGAUGUCUCGAAGAGAGCGUCUGUGUUUGUGCAGGUUCACUGCAUCAGUACAGAGUUCACCCCGCGGAAACACGGCGGAGAAAAAGGAGUUCCGUUUCGUAUCCAGAUCGACACCUUUAAACAGGAUGAAAGCGGAGAGUACACGGAGCACCUGCACUCGGGCAGCUGCCAGAUCAAAGUCUUUAAGCCAAAGGGUGCCGACAGAAAACAGAAAACUGACAGAGAGAAGAUGGAAAAGCGGAAUGCACAAGAUAAAGAGAAAUAUCAGCCUUCUUAUGACACCACCAUUUUGUCAGAGACUCGAUUAGAGCCUGUGAUCGAGGAGGCUGUGGAACAAGAGCUGAAGAAAUCGAGCAAGCGGACACUUCCUGCAGACUGCGGAGAUUCCAUCGCCAAAAGCAAGAGAGGAAGUUGUUCCCCGUGGCCGGAUAGUCCAUACGUCAAUCCAAAUACAGCAGCCGCUCCAACCUUCACCUCCAGCACACACACCUGCAGUACGAGCACCACGAGACCGGACAGCGAGUCAUCAUCACCUACCCACCAGGUGGACCCGGGUAGCAUCAUGUCUACGGAGUCUCUGAGUCCCACAGCGUCUAUACAGGAGACACAGAAGUGGCUCCUUAAGAAUAGAUUUAACUCAUACAGUCGCAUGUUCACUCAUUUCUCAGGUUCUGAUCUACUGAAGUUAACUCGUGAAGAUUUAGUCCAAAUAUGUGGUGCAGCUGAUGGAAUCCGACUCUAUAAUGCACUAAAAUCAAGAGCGGUGCAUCCCAGACUUACGGUCUAUGUCUCUAUGGAGGCUUCACCAAACGACAGCCCUCUUUCGGAGAAGCAUGGUCACAGCAAAAAAGGAGAUCAUGGCAGCCCCACAUCCAUACAUGUUUACCACGCUCUUUACCUUGAGGAGAUGACCGCAUGUGAGCUUACCAGGAAAAUCUCCAGCGUUUUGGCUUUGCCACUGUCCCAAAUUAACCAAGUCUAUAAGCAAGGACCUACAGGAAUACACAUACUACUCAGAGACCAGAUGGUUUAUAACCUCCUUGAUGAGAGCAGUUUCAUUGUCAGUACAAUACAAGAUGACACAAGUGAUGGAUUUCACCUCGUCCUGAAGUAAACAUAACGGAAAGACGUAACGCAGAGAACGUGAUGACAACAUCAGGCUCCAUACUGCCACUAUUGAGCAUUGAACAUGUUCCCUCCAUCCUUCUCUCUCUUCGUUUCUUAAUCUCUCUCUCGUUCUUCACGUUUCAGACGUUGGAGAUGGAGAGAGAGAGAGCUGGGCUUGGGCAGGGCCUCCUAACUGUUAGAAUCUGACUUCAGUGUGCAAAUUGUUUCAUAUUGAAAACACUUAAACUGAUGCCAGUGUGUGUGUAAGCGGUGGGCUAUGUAUAGUAAAGUAUGUGUGUGCUUCUAAAAGGUUGAUUUGAGAGGGCUGGAGGUGGCCAGAAACCACGACGGAAGCGGAGAUUCGUGACCACUAUUACUUCAGCAUGGUUUUUGUGGAAGGUUCCGAGUGUAUGACUGACAUGGCUGAACCUCGCUCAGACUCCUCACGUUGCAAGUUGUGAACAUACAGUACUUACUUGAGUUUGUUCGCCUUUGUCUGUGUCCUGUCAAUGUUGCCCAUUUGGACUGGCCUGCAUAUAGCCUGAUUGUCACCAUUGCACCCAUUUGUUAGAUAUAUAAUGAAAUGUGGGGAAAUAUGUCCUGACUGAGGCAUGCGCAGGACGUCAUGAUGUCUGUCUGGAUGAACUGAUUUCCUUAAGUUUUAAGUAUGAUGCCCUGCAGCUAUUCUGAGGCUGUUGGACUAAGUUUAGGCUGUGUCCUACGCGUACAGAUGGUAUUGUCAGUGCUGAUAUUGUUUUCUUAUUCCUCUAUUAAGACCAAUUUUGCUUUGUGCUAUUAUAACUGUUGACUAGAUUCUGUUCAAACUACAGUUUCUUGAAAUCUUAGCGUUUACACUUUGUAAGUCAGGUGGAUGAGUAUGGACUCCACUUUUAUGAUUCAACAGUGGGAGUCUAUGAUUUUUUAGAUUGUGAUUCUUGUGCAUGUUGUCUGUGCCUGGUAACUGUUGCCCGCCCUCUAUAGUAGCUCCUGGCACAGAUUAUAACACACAUUAAUGAUAUGAGAAGCAAGCACAAUCACAAAACUCCAUAAAUUUCCCAAAAUGCCUUUGCUUUCUUUUAUCUUAUGUUUCUGGUCGGAUGAUAAUACAUUUGACUGGUCCAUGGCCCAGUUUUUACCGCCAUGUCCAGUUAUCUCAUACCCAUUAUACAGUCAUUCAGGGCAUUGUCUCUGUUUUUUUUCUAUUAUUUGUUUCUUUCUCCUUGAAGAGAGACUGCCUUAGUAGGUCAUCUCAGUAGUAUGUAUUGGGCAGCUGUGCUUUGGCAUGUACUGUGCUUAUUUUUGCCCCUUUAUAGAGGAGAAUGGCUGUAAGAAUGUUGACUCCUUUUAAUUCUUAAAAAAAGGAACGACCAAGUCUGCACUGAACUGAAUCCACAACAAACGUCACGCCGUUGGAUACCUUGCUGUUGUCAGAAGCUCACUUCGAAUUUUGGUGUACACAAAGUUUCCAGGUGAAGAUAUGAGCAACGUAUAAAUACACAACGAGGUGGUGUUUUCUUCCUCGAUCGAAUGCUCUGGAUCACAUGGACUGUCCUCUGCAUUUCUGUGAUACGAGUCAUGGUGCCCCCACGUCACUGUCUAAAGAAGCCCCUCUUCCAUAGGGGGUGCUGAGAUGUACACAAUUAAUGCCUGUACCAGAUAUAAAAUAAUUUUCAUAUAACGUGUUUGGAGUGUUUGAUAUAAAUGGAAAUAAGUGACUUCUAAUAUGUGUACA